AUCUUCAUAGUCUUGCGGUGUUGAAAACGUAAAGCAAGUAUCAGACUGAUAGGCUUGCCUAGUCACCGAUUACUGUAUACACUGUGUGACACGACUGAUCACACUGCCAAGGCUGGGAUCAAACCCAACGGCUUAGCAAAUUGACAAGAUAUCUGAGCUCUGAGACCCGUGUGCUGCAUUUAAAAUCCUUUCAAAAGGAAAAACAAUGGCGCUCAUAUCUCUACCCAUCCUUGGGCCCAUCUUGGUAUCCGAGAGCCUGAUCGCCGUGGCAACGUUGUGCGCAGUCUACCUGCUGCUGCGGCUCUUGCGCACGGAGAUCCCACAGGGUCUGCGCAGACCCCCCGGUCCCACACCCCUACCCCUGAUCGGAAAUGUGUUGGAGCUGGGAGGCAACCCCCACCUCAGCCUGACGAAGAUGAGCCAGCGCUAUGGAGACAUCAUGCAAAUCCAGAUUGGCACCCGGCCCGUGGUGGUGUUGAGCGGGAACGAGACAGUGCAACAGGCUCUCAUCAAGCAAGGGGAUGACUUUGCUGGACGGCCCGACCUCCAUAGUUUCCAGUACAUCUCUAACGGCAAGAGCUUGACCUUCAGCAGAGACCAUGCUGGGGUGUGGCGAGCCCGGCGCAAGCUGGCACAGAAUGCCCUUCGCUCUUUCUCCACCGUUGAAAGCCCGACCAGCAGCUACUCCUGCAUGCUUGAGGAGCACAUCUCCCUGGAGGCGGAAUACUUGGUGAAGCAGCUCUCUAGGGUCACGGAAGCUGAUGGGAGUUUUGACCCUUUCCGCCACAUUGUGGUCUCGGUGGCCAACGUCAUCUGUGCUAUGUGCUUCGGCAGGCGCUACAGCCACGACGACCAGGAGUUGGUAAAUCUGGUGAAUCUGACCGACGAGUUCGGGCGUGUGAUUGCCAGCGGCAAUCCCGCCGACUUCAUCCCUGCUCUGCGCAUCCUGCCCAACCGCAACAUGCGUGCUUUCAUCGCCAUCAACAACAGAUUCAACACCUUUGUCCAGAAAAUUGUGACAGACCAUUACCGCUCCUUCGACAAGAGCAACAUUCGUGACAUCACUGACUCACUGAUUGAGCAUUGCCAGGACAAGAAGGUGGACGAGAACGCCAACAUGCAGAUCUCUGACGAGAAAAUUGUGUCUAUUGUUAAUGACCUUUUUGGAGCAGGCUUUGAUACAAUCAGCACUGCUCUAUCCUGGUGCUUAAUCUACUUGGUGUCCCAUCCUGAUGUCCAGAACAAGAUCCACCAGGUAUUAGAUGAGCAUGUGGGCAGGGAGCGGAGCCCCAGGCUCUCUGAUAAACCCAGCCUGCCAUAUGUAGAGGCCUUCAUCCUGGAGACCUUCCGCCACUCCUCCUUCUUCCCCUUCACCAUCCCUCACUGCACGACGAAGGACACGGCUCUCAAUGGGUUUUACAUUCCCAAGGACACGUGUGUCUUCGUGAACCAGUGGCAGGUCAACCACGAUCCGAGUCUGUGGAAGGAUCCCUCCACCUUCUCUCCAGAGCGCUUCCUGAAUGCAGAGAGCACCGGUAUCAACACGGUUGAGUCGGAGAAGGUCAUGCUGUUCGGGCUGGGGAAGCGGCGCUGCAUUGGUGAGUUUAUCGGCCGCAGUGAAGUCUUCCUCUUCCUGGCUGUGCUCCUGCAGCAGCUGGAGUUUCGCAGCCUGCCUGGCCAGAAGCUGGACCUCACCCCUGAGUACGGACUCACAAUGAAGCACAAACGAUGCCAACUCAGUGCCUCCCUGCGCUACCGCCACAGAGCCGACUCCGAGGAGUGAGAGUCUGCCCUCCACAGAAACACAGCACCAUGCAUGCCAGGGACACCGAUCCGCUGCUCCACUCUCCUCAGGACUUCGGCUAGCUUCUCUGUUAAGUUUUCUGUGCCUUUUACAAUUAACUUUUGAGCCUAAUGAUCAAUGUUUUUUGCAACUUUUCUCAAGGUGGGGAAUGGGAGGAACCCAACAGACAGAUUAUGUUUUUAAAAACAUAGUUUUUCUUCUUUAACAGAGCUAGUGGCUAACCAUUGGAAAACUUAACCUCCAAGUACAAACAUUGGUAACUGGUCUAAAUGGUCAUGACUUCAAUAUUUGGUUGAAAAGUCCUGUUAGAGUGUAUCAGGCAAUAUUAUGCAUUUGUUGACAGAUUCUUAUCAGUUGGGAUAUAUGCUGUAAUGUUUAUCAGCUAGGCAGUUUUUCAUUGUGCAAUGCACCGCGGUUAUUUCUACUUGCUGCUUGAGUUUUAAAGGGGGAAGUGGGGUCCAGUGAAAGCAAGAUCAGUCUGAGCCAUGGAGUUAGCAAAUCUCAAACAUGUAAAAGCUGUUUUACCUGGCUUUAACUUACUUACCUUUACCUUUUUGAGCUCAACUGGCUAGAUAACCAGUGUCCAACUCCAGAAGUUCACGCAGAACCAAUCUUUUUUUACACCUUUCUGUUUCCCAGACAUUACUACCUGUACUUGCAGCCACGUUGUCUGAGCCAUUAUGAAAACAAGGAUCCAGUUAAUUGCCAAACAGCUGAAAUAACUCUCUGGGUGAAGUAUAUUAUACACCCAAUAAGCUUACUGUUUGAAUUAGAAGUGCCUUUGGAUUGGGUCAGUUGUGUUGGACAGCUCAUGCCCAGUUAUCACAUAACCCCAGGAUUCUGUAUACUAAGCGACUUCUUAGGGGUAGCUUGCCUGAGUUUAAUAAGAUUGCUUGAGUUUAAUAAGACUGCAAACAUCCAUUUUUAAAAACAAACUCUAGCACCAGUCAAUAAACACAACAAAACACUGUCAAUGGCCUGCAGAUUGAACACUCUACCUGCAGAUUUAUGUCAACAGAAACCCUCAAUAGAAUUACAGCCUUAUUAUGCAUAGUUGGGUGUACACUGUUUCUUAUAAUUCUCAGAAAGAAAUCUGUCAUUUUGUAAUUUAAACAUGUACAUGAAGGAUGUUGUUGAACAGAUCAUGAAUUCAGUUUUUAUUUUUUAACUGUUCAAGCUGUUUUAAUCUAUUUGUCAGAUGUAUCUGUAUGUAACAAGCUAUUUUCACAUUGUUGGUAUUUUUAAAUGUAUCCCGAGAGAACACUUGUCUAAUUGUGUACAUAUUUAAUCUCUAUGAGAUAAUAAAAAGCUAUUGGAUGUAUAA